AUGCCCCGAGUCAGUCUUCCUGAGGCUGAGGUUGUAGAGAAGGAGGCGGAGGAGAAGGAGGAGGAGGCGGAGGAGCAGGCCAACCAGGACACCAUGCCCGCCAGCCAGGAGUUCCCCCAGGAUGUCUCCUUGGCCUUGGAUGAUCCUGGAGAAGGCAGUUCAGCUAGGAUGACUAUUCGUCAAACGUGGGGGAAACACAGACUAGUUGCUGGAAACCGCAUUGUGACAUAUUUCCUUCUGGGAAUAACCACAAAAGAAAGUGAUCUAGUUGACAUUACUUUUGAAAGUCAGAAAUACAGAGACAUUAUACAGAAGGAUUUUAUGGAUUCAUACUACAAUCUGACUUUAAAGACAAUGAUGGGAAUUGAAUGGGUUCACAUAUUUUGUUCUCAAUCCAGGUUUGUGAUGAAAACGGACACAGAUAUGUUUGUCAAUAUCUUUUACCUAAGUGAACUUCUUUUAAGAAAAAACAGAAGCACCAGAUUCUUCACAGGCUUUUUAAUGAUGAAUGAGCGCCCAAUACGAGACAGAGGCAGCAAAUGGAAAAUUGUGACAUCACAUCAGGUGGAACCUUAUGAGCUGUUGAUUUUCUGGGAUGCAUUGGAGAAAUCAAAAGAUGAAAAAUGCCCAGAUGUGUGAGAUUUGCCUUUUUUUACAUAGAGCUAAAAAUGUGCAUUAUCAUCACAAUAAAUUAUAAUAUAUACUGUGAAGUUUCUGUG